CAGCUUCUGUCCUGUCAUGACCCUAUUCAUCUCAUUAAUUAUUCAUGAGCUGACCGCUUUAUCAGCGCGCGACUGAAGAGACCUGUCUCAAAUCACGCGCUCACGUGGAAACGCUUCACCACGACGACAGAGGGGGCGUGAACCGUCUCCUACACACUGGAGGUCGAGGAGAGAGAGAGAGGAUGCAGGCUGUUCUCGUUUCCUCUUAGAUGUGGAUUGUACCUAGUUUUCUCCAUGCAAUGAUCACGUUAGCAAGGGAUGCAGGGAGAUCAGAUGCGCGGCUUGGAGCAUCAUCUCUCAGAGAUGGCAGAAAUGCAUCGCGGCAUCCUGCAGUGGGAGGCUGAUUGAGCUCAUACAGCACCACAAAGCCUGUUCCCAGCAGGAGAGGCUCGUGAAGUCCUCUCCGCACAACGGCAAGGAUCUGACGAUGUUUCGCAAGAAGAAGAAGAAGAAGAAGAGGCCGGAGAUUUCAGCGCCGGAGAACUUCGAGCAUCGCGUUCAUACGUCGUUCGAUGUGAAGCGAGGAGUCUUCGUGGGUCUUCCCACACAAUGGCAGAGUUUAAUAGAAAACCUGCGGAGAGCCAAACCCAUGGUGGACCCGUCCCGGAUCACACCGGUGGAGCUCAAGCCAAAGAAGACCAUCGUGCGCGGCAGCAUGAUCGGCCACGGAGACUAUAUAUCAGCCAUGCUGUCCGACAUGAGCCGUCUGUCCGUCACCAGCUCCAACUCCCUGCGCAGGAGCAGCCCGUCGAUCCGCAGGAGACCGCAGUCGCUCGGACGCCUCGGGGAGGUCAGCGAGGCCGAUGUGUAUCAGUACGAAGCCCUGGACGAGCCUGACCAUCACUGGGACGAGAAAUCACGCAACUUCCACAGCGAGAGCAGCACGCCGUACAUGGGUCCGAAGAAGAGCGUGAUGCUGCAGCCCAACGGCGUUCUGCCCCGCGCCAAAUCCACUUACGAGGUCAGCAUGAGCGCUCGUCCUCCGCCGUCCAUCCCUGUACCUGCGCCGCCUCUCAUGAUGAGACGAGAGAUCCCCAUCACCUGCUUCUACAGCCCCACCUUGACACACGGAGACGGUGUGACGCCGGACACGAGGAGCACUAACAGACCGCUGGACCGUCCACAGAACAGCCCGGGGAGACCGUACUCCUCAUACGACCUGAAGACCAUCGUGCGCGGCAGCAUGAUCGGCCACGGAGACUAUAUAUCAGCCAUGCUGUCCGACAUGAGCCGUCUGUCCGUCACCAGCUCCAACUCCCUGCGCAGGAGCAGCCCGUCGAUCCGCAGGAGACCGCAGUCGCUCGGACGCCUCGGGGAGGUCAGCGAGGCCGAUGUGUAUCAGUACGAAGCCCUGGACGAGCCUGACCAUCACUGGGACGAGAAAUCACGCAACUUCCACAGCGAGAGCAGCACGCCGUACAUGGGUCCGAAGAAGAGCGUGAUGCUGCAGCCCAACGGCGUUCUGCCCCGCGCCAAAUCCACUUACGAGGUCAGCAUGAGCGCUCGUCCUCCGCCGUCCAUCCCUGUACCUGCGCCGCCUCUCAUGAUGAGACGAGAGAUCCCCAUCACCUGCUUCUACAGCCCCACCUUGACACACGGAGACGGUGUGACGCCGGACACGAGGAGCACUAACAGACCGCUGGACCGUCCACAGAACAGCCCGGGGAGACCGUACUCCUCAUACGACCUGAAGGCGGACGCAGCAGUGAGACUCCAGCCUGGAUAUCUGCACAGCGGCACCAGCAGUCCUCUCGUGAGCGGCACCAGACCUCACAGAGCGGUGCAUUCCUCCUCCAGCUACACCAUCGGCCUCUCGCCCAACAUCAGUUACCGGCCCCCCGGGCCAGACCCCUUCAUGAGACACUUGGGCUGCCCAAACCCGGGUCUCUACCCCAGACAGGACAGUCCGUCUCAGCCCCGGCCGUCUCCCACCGGCUCUCUGGCUAACAGCCCUCCGGGAACCUGCUCGCCUGCAUUCAGACCCCCGCAGCACCCCUCGCCCCGACCGCCGCCCGACCCGCCCAAAGUCACCCACGAGCAGUUCAAGGCCGCGCUGCAGAUGGUGGUGGACAAAGGAGACCCGCGCUCGUAUCUGGAGAACUUCGUGAAGAUCGGCGAGGGUUCGACGGGUGUGGUGUGCAUCGCCCGAGAGAAACACAGCGGACGGGUGGUGGCUGUAAAGAUGAUGGACCUCAGGAGACAACAGCGCAGAGAACUGCUCUUCAAUGAGGUGGUGAUCAUGAGAGAUUACCAGCACAGGAACGUGGUGGAGAUGUUCAGGAGCGCUCUGGUGGAGGAGGAGCUGUGGGUCAUCAUGGAGUAUCUGCAGGGAGGAGCUCUAACAAACAUCGUGUCUGAGACCAGGCUGAGCGAGGAGCAGAUCGCCACCGUGUGUGAAGCUGUGCUGCAGGCGCUGGCGUAUCUCCACUCACAGGGCGUCAUACACCGAGACAUCAAGAGUGACUCCAUCCUGCUCUCGCUGGACGGACGCAUCAAGCUGUCAGACUUUGGCUUCUGCGCUCAGAUCAGUAAAGAUAUCCCGAAGAGGAAGUCUCUGGUGGGAACGCCGUACUGGAUGGCUCCGGAGGUCAUCUCCAAAUCCCCGUACGGAACAGAGGUGGACGUGUGGUCUCUGGGCAUCAUGCUGGUGGAGAUGGUGGACGGAGAGCCUCCGUACUUCAGUGAGACGCCGGUGGCUGCCAUGAAGCGUCUGAGAGACGAGCCGGCACCCACCGUACGCAACCUUCAUCAGGUGUCCCAGGUGCUGAAGGACUUCCUGAAGCGCAUGCUGACCCGGGAUCCUCUGGAGCGGGCGAGUGCCACUGAGCUCCUGGAGCACUCCUUCCUCCUGCAGGCCAGCUCUCCGCGGUGUCUGCUGCCCCUAGUGGAGCAGUACCGCAAGCGCAUGUCCCGCUGCUGAAGCCUGCCUCGUCCCCCGGAGCAAUCAGGACUGAGAUGACUGUUAGAUGAGAAAUCAACUCUAUAAAGCCAUUUCCUUCUACCUGAGGACGUCUCAUUGGUGCUUAAAAGCGUUGAAUUAGAGCAGAAGUGCGUCUGACUGAAAUGCCUCUGGGUUUAAUGAUCUGUUCGAAGUGUGUUAUCAUGACUCGCAUCGAAUCUGCGCCCGCAGAGACCCAGAACAAGCCACGUUUAUCAGUUUCAUGAAAGCUUGUGUUCGUAUAUCCAAUAUUUUAUAAUGCUUUCAUAUAAUGAUCUUACUUUUGGUUUUUACAGGUGCAAACAACACUUUAUUAUCAUUAACAGUUUACAAUAAAGUUCCAUUAGUUAACAUGAGCUAACACCGAAAAUUAUAAACUUCAACAUUAAUUAAUACAUUAUUACAUUGAAAAUGUAUUUAUUAACUAUUAUUAUUAACAAUGAACAGUUGCAUUAACUGUUAACAAAAUGUACUGUGA